AUGGAGGCCGCCGGCUCCAUCCUCGUCGUGUACAUCGUCUUCUUCGGCGCGUGGCCUCCGUGGAUGCCGCUCACGCUCCAGUCCAUGGCGCUCAACACCGGCGUCGGAUUUGUAGUCAUCGGCGACGAGCCGCCGCCGCCAGUGCGGCCGCCGAACGUCGCGUUUGAGACGGUCGCAUACGCCGCGCUGCAGGAGCGGCUCGCGGUGCUAAUCUCCGAGCCGGGCGCGGGCCAGGCAUCGGUGCGUUACAACUGGACCUACAAGGCCAACGACAUCAAGCCGUUUGCUCCUGCGCUCUUCCCUCGCCACCUCGCCGGGCGCGAGUGGUGGGCGUGGGCCGACCUCGACGUGGUCUUUGGGGAGCUGCUUACGUUUCUGCACGCCGCCGCGACCAAGCCCGCCUGCUGCAAGGUCCCGCUGCGGCCAAACGGCCUGCCAGAGUCGCUGAGCAAGGUUGGGCGGCACACGCCGGGCCGCACCGCUUGCACGCCCUGA